AUGGCGUGGAACUAUCUAUUUUUUGUUUUAUCAACGUUUUUCGUCAUUCUUAUUGCCAACGCUCAUGGUUUGGACUCGGAAAAUAUUAUUGGGGGUACGCCAGCAGAUAUAAAUAGCAACAAUUUUAUGGUUUCUAUACAUACUAAAUCAUACCAAAUUUGUGGUGGCGCUCUCAUUGACGCUGAUGUGGUUUUAACUGCAGCUCAUUGCUUUGACACAAAUGGAACAAGAUAUAUUCCUUUUGAAUACCGAAACAACACGUUCUUUGUUGUCGCUGGGACAAAAGACGCGGCAGAUUUCACUCACAGAAUACGUGUGGACAAAAUUUAUUUACACGCUCAGUACAGCAAAAAUCGUAGUAUUUUCAAUGACAUUGCUAUCUUAAAGCUUAAAGAAAAAUUCGAUGUGGUAAAUUAUUCGAAUAUUGGGGUAGCGCGCUUGCCAAAAAUUGAUGAAGAUUAUGAAGGAAAAGUAGGAAGGGUAUUAGGUUUUGGUGCAGAUGCCGUUAGAUACUCGAAGUCUAAAAAAAUCUGGAAACCGUCAAGAUAUCUUGAAACAUUGCAACAAGCAACUGUACAAAUCGUGGAUCCGAAAAAGUGUAAGGUUCACAAGUAUCAAGAUUUUUUAUGUGGAAUGACUAUACCGCUCGAAGGUCAAGGCGUUGCAUGCGCUGUGGGCGUUUGCAAAGGUGAUAGUGGUGGUCCUCUUAUGCUGAAUGACACAGUUAUUGGAAUUGUGAGUACAUCACAGUUAAACUACGAUAAUAGAUUUGAACCGGCAACAUACAUCAAAGUUUCAAAGUAUUUAAACUUUAUUGAAAAUGCGAUACGUGGCUAUGAAAGUAUCGACACAGUGGUUAUACCUGUAAAGAGUAGGAAACGCAAAAUUUAA